UCAAACCUCCGCGAAGAGGGCCUGGAACUGGAAUACACGGACGACGUGGCCGGUUAUGGGUACGUGUUUUGCAAAAUAUACACCCCGUGGCCAGUGAUGUGCCGGUACGCGGAAGUGAUGAAGCUGAAAAUGCCAAUGAAAACCAUACAGACCUCGUGGAAAAUGUUAUUUGACGAAGAUGAGGAUCAUGCGAUGCGAUUCACCGCGGCGUUUUCCCGGGACAAGGAUUAUCUGUUUGACAUACCCCCGCAGAAAGAGCAAUUUUUUAGCACGGCACAACGCGCUCAGGUGGUCGAGUUCAUUUUGAAACGCAAAAGUUUCUCGCCCAAUUUGAAUGACGCUAAUGAGUUUGGUAUUAGUAAAUUGCUGAAUGACAAUAUCUAUAUCGCCGCCUAUCCGUUACAUGAAGGCAAAGUAAACUCGGACAUGCGUUCGCCGCGACGGCAACUGCUGGAGUCGUGGGCGUCGGUCUCGCAGGCGUUCAAAAAGCAACCGCUGGACGAAAUACGUAAAUAUUUCGGGGUUAAAAUAGCCGUCUAUUUUGCCUGGCUGGGGUUUUACACCUCGAUGCUAAUACCCGCGAGCAUAGUGGGCGUACUGUGUUUCCUAUUCGGCUCGGCCACCCUGGACACCGACAUACCCUCGAGGGAAGUGUGCAAUCGUACCUACGAUAACAUCUCGUUGUGCCCCCAGUGCGCUCAUGAUUGUAAUUUUACCAAGUUGUCCGAGUCGUGCGCCUACACCCGCACCAAUUAUCUGUUUGACAAUCCGGCCACGGUGUUUUUUGCCAUAUUUAUGUCGCUGUGGGCCACCGUGUAUUUAGAAAUGUGGAAACGCUAUUCGGCCCGUAUUACCUAUCGCUGGGAUUUGUCUAAUUUUGAUGCCGUCGAGGAGUAUCCCAGGCCUGAGUAUUUGGCCCGGCUAUCCAACGUGACCACCAAGAAACUGAACGUAAUCACCCGGAUGUACGAGCCCUACAUACCAUUCUGGCGCCGACAACUGCCCUACACCAUACUCUCGGCCUCCGUAGUCAUAUUCCUAAUAUUCGUAGCCCUCGGCGCAGUCAUGUCGGUCAUAGUAUACCGCGGGUCAAUCCGGGGUGCGUUGAGUUUUAAACGUGAAAGUAACAGGGUCAGCGAAUUGACCUUCAUCAAUAAAUACUCGUCCAUUAUAACGGCGUCGACAGCCGCCUGCCUUAAUCUCAUAUUGAUCCUGAUACUAAAUCAGAUCUAUUCGCGCAUUGCCUAUUAUUUGACCGAGCUGGAAAUGCCGCGCACCCAGACCGAGUUCGAUAAUAGUUUGACGCUGAAAAUGUUCGUGCUGCAAUUUAUUAAUUACUACUCGUCGCUGUUGUACAUUGCGUUUUUCAAGGGCAGAUUUAUUGGCCACCCUGGUGAAUUUAAUGACGAGUCACUUACCCAGGAGGAGUGCGGCACAGGUGGUUGCCUACUGGAGCUGGCCAUACAGCUGUCCAUCAUAAUGGUGGGUAAGCAGGCGUUCAACGCGCUCAUCGAAAUGGGAACCCCGGUAUUCAAGCGGUUCUACAAACGCUGGAAAUACCGUAAAGAGGACUCCAUUGAGACAAUGAAUGUCCCGCAAUGGGAGGACGACUACGUGCUGGCCAACUGGGGGCCCACCUCGUUAUUCUACGAGUACCUCGAAAUGGUUAUUCAGUUUGGUUUUGUUACUAUUUUUGUUUCGGCCUUCCCGUUGGCACCUCUAUUCGCGCUGAUUAAUAAUGUGUUUGAGAUCAGGCUCGAUGCCAGAAAAAUGAUCUUGGCGUUUAAACGCCCCGUCGCCCAAAGGGUGAAAAACAUUGGCAUUUGGUACCGCAUACUGGACUCAAUCGGCAAACUGUCCGUGAUCACAAACGCCCUGAUUAUAGCAUUUACCACGGAGUUUGUACCCCGAUUGUUAUACUAUAUAGAGAAUGGUAAUUUGCAUCAAUACACUAACUCGACCCUGUCAUUUUUUGAUGCCAAACGGGCCAAUGAGCAUCUCAAACUGGGGGCCGAUAAUGACACACUGGAUAACUGUGUAUACGCCGACUACCGGGAGCCACCAUGGGCGGAACCGGGCCGGGCGUACAAACUCACAGCGUACUACUGGCGGCUACUGGCCGUACGGCUGGCGUUCGUGGUAAUAUUCGAGAACGUGAUCGCCUCGCUAACCUCGCUAAUGCGCUGGGUCAUACCGGACGUGCCGCAACAGCUACAGCAACAAAUGCGCCAGCACGCCUACCUCACCAACGAGCUCAUUAUGCAACAGGAGUACAAACGUGCCAAAGAGCUAGGUGGGAGUCACGUGGCCGCCGCGUUCGCAUCUAGGCGCAAUCGCCAGGACACCACGGUCGAUGGGGAGCAGCAUGUUAAACGCCGUAUCAACGCUACCACUGUUAUUAACGCUAACUCCCAGCCCCCGCCCCCACCGGUGCCACCCCCGACCGCACCCAACUCUACCAUAGUUCGUGAUGAUGAUGGUGAACAGGUGGUAGAUAUGUGACGCUGGAGUACCGGUAGAGAUAGCCCCGUCCCGCCCCGACCCUGUUAUUCUGAACCUCGUUGAGAUUCGCUUAUUAUGGGACUCCUAUUGUGUUGUAUACAUGUAUAAAACUUUAUACAUGAUAAUGAGGUGCCUCGCUAUAAAACUAUUUUUGCAAUCAAUAUGGUGAUUUAUUUAUUAAAGUUCAUU